AUGGUCGCCCCUAUCACCGGCAUGAUCCGCAAGCAGCUCCUCACCGACAUUGGUGUCGGUCUCGGCCUCGGCACCCUCGGUGGCUACUACUUCUGGUACGCCGUCCACGUCCCCAUGAUGAAGAAGCGUGACGACUUCUACGCCAAGCUCGAGGCCUCGAAGGCCCAGGCCUAA